AUGUCGGCCUCGCGAGACUUUCAGGAGAUCGUCUUCAAGCUCGAGUCGGACAAGAUCAAGGAGCGAGCCGAGGGCGUCUCCCGCCUGCGCGAGUUCCUCGCCUCGAAGCGUAACUUCAACGCGAUCAACCGCGACCCUUCGCACUCGUGGAACCAGACGCUGCAGACCCUCUUCGGCGUUGUCAUCAAGGAGCGCAAUGCGGCUGUCAGCAAGAAGUCGGCUGCUACCGACAAACGCCUUGACGACGCAACUCAGGCGGUUCGAUGGCUCGUCGAGAAGAUCCACCAGUCCGCCACCCGCAAGGUCGCCAAGGCCAUCAUCGCACACCUCACGCAGAUGACGGCAGUCGCCGGCAAGCUUCAGCCCUACGCCCUGACCUACAUGAAGGCGCUCCGAACGAUCCUCAGCUACCCGCCGCACCUCGAGCAUCUCGACGAGCGACAAUGGACCGACAUCGUUAUGCUCGGCUUCUCGGGCGUACUUGGCGACAAGAUCAAGAUUGGACAAGAGUUCGUCGACGAUGCCGUGAUGGACAUCGACGAGGACGAGCGCAUGGGCGGCGCGCUACGAGCCUCUCCCGAGGAAGAGCUUUUCCUUCCGACGCCCGCCGCCGGCAAAGCUCGGCGUACCGCGAACCCAGUCGAGAUCGAGCUCCUCGCCGUCGUCGAGGUCGCCUUCCGCUCCCGCUCCUCCCCCUUCCUCCUCUACGCCCAGGCCAUCUUCCGAAAGUUCCUCCGCUUCUUCGACGCUUUCCCUUCCGAAACCACGGCCCAUGUCUCGGCUCUGACAGCACUCAAUCGCGCAUUCGCCGAAGUCGACCUCAACGACCAGCGCUCGAUGAGGCGGAUCGGCCCUCGCUUGUGGAAGCACAUCCUCGGCUUGUGGGCGACCAAGAGUACUACGUUGAAGGAGCAGGUUGUCAUGGCUCUCCGCUAUCUCUUUCCCUUCGUCAUCCCUGCGACCUCGACAGGCGGAGACGAGGUCUCCAUCGCCCGAGCCAAGGCGCUCUACCACGCCGUCCUCACGGAGCCGACAAUCCGCUGGCGCGAGCCCUACGACAUCGACAUCGACCAUCUUCGCCUCGGCCUCGUCCUGCCGACGCCUGCGAAACCGCAGCCCGACGAGCCGCGGUCCAAAGCGUACCAUGCGCAGACCUUCAGGAUUGGGACGGGAUUCGACGAGAAGCAUGCGGUGGCCUGGGGAGUCGUCGAGUUGGGGGCAGAUGCGCUGGCAAGGAUCUACGAGGUCGAGGAUGCGCAGAGGGAGAAUCGCGCGGUUGAAGCGAUGCUCAGCCCAACACAGCGGGGCAAGCGGCGCAAGAUCGAGGAUCCCCUCUCCGUCCUCCUCGACUCGCUCAGCGAAGCUAGCCUGUCGAAUGCCGCCGUCGCAUUCCGCCUGCAGCUCCUCCUCUUCCUCGUCGAUCGCCACUGGUCCUCGCUCGAUUCCGAAGCGUGCCGUCGCAUUCUCGACGCGCUCAUUCCGGUCCUCUCGCACCUCGGCACGGACGUUGCGCGAUGGGCCUUUCUCGCGGUCGCCGCCAUCGCCCACGCAGGUCUGCCGGUCGAGCAUACGGACGAGCUCUUUUCGCCGAUCAGCGCCGGCCGCAGGAAAAGGCAGCAGUCUGCGCCUUCGUCGCCGUGGGAGCAGAUCUGGCUUGUCGCCUUGCGCAAAUUAGCGACACCCGAAACAUGCCGUGCUGCCGCACACGCAGCGAACAUCCUCCUCGCCCAUGACCGUGUCAGCGGACUGCUCCUUUCCGAGUCGAUCGAGGCGUUCGCGAGGGACCUCGACCUCCAAUCCGUCAACUUCCCCUCCGAUGCGGUCUGCAUGUUCCUCGAAUGGACUCUCGCCAUCUCCGCCAGCGAUGCACGACUUGUCCGCCUCGGCCUCUCCGCCAAGGUCGUCGGAUGGGUCACGAUGGCCUGGUCCGCCCUCGAUGGCAUGCACCGCGCUCACAGCUUCGGCCAAGCCCGCCCACAUGCCGACCCGCUCUCGAACAGUGCUCUCGUCAGUCUUAUCGCCCGUCUCUCCGGUAUCUCUGCGAUCCCGCCGCUCCCGCACGACUACGUCGUCCCCGACUGCCCGAUCGCAACGAUGGCUGUCGAGCUGAGCGAGACUUACCGCAUCCGUGACUUCCUCGAAGCCAAGUUGCCGGCCUACGUCAAGGACGACACAGUCAUCGACACGUCGAUCCGGACGCCGGCGUACUUCGAUGCGACGGGCGGCGCGCCGGAAGACCUCGAGCACACGAUGCCGCGCAAGGUGUCGAUUUGGCUGCGACGCGUACUCGAAGGCCUCAAGUCAGGCGCAGCGGAACAGGGCGACCCGUACUGGACCGGUAUGGCCAGCGACCCCGCGAGACGGCACCUUGACCUCGCCUGUCUCGCUCUUGUCGUCGAGGGCGUCUUUGCGACGAAUCGCAUCCCCUCAGACAAAGCCACCGUCAGAGCCGCCUGCGAGAUCCUCGCGCUCCUCGCCCCGACCCUGACCCUCAAGAAAUGGCUUCCGGACGAGCGCGCAUAUCUCCUCGGCAGCCUUUCGCCCAUCCUCGUCGAGAUGCCGCUGAAGCCCGACGUCGACUACCCAGUCCUGCUGGACCCUGGCAUCGCUUCCGACCUCCCGCAAGAUGUUUUGCCGAGACGGAAGCCGCCGUCGGCAGAACUCGACCUCGAAGGCGACGGCAUCGUGCUCCUCCGCGCGAUAUGGAAAGGCGAUACGAGCAGGCAGGCUCUUGAGGAGAUCCUCGCUGCCUUGCGCUUCCUCCUCCUUGAGGUGACGGCGACGGAUCCGAAUGGGUCGUCAAAGGAAACGGCUGGGUCGGCGUUCGCGCUGUCGCAGACUCCGUCGACGCAAGCCUCUGAACGCAUCAAGGAGCUCGAGCAGACGCAGAAUGGCGACGGAUUUGACGAUGUCAAGUACGGGUCGUCGCGAGUCGUACAGGUUGGAUCGACAGGCGCAGCUACGGCGCCUCGUGCUGGGGCAGCGACGGUCGCGAUGUGCGUCAAGGGGUUCGUCUCGGCCGAGAUGGCGUACGCGGGGACUGUCCGUCCCGUCAGGAUCCAGGAAGUUGUCGACGCUAUCCUGCAGUCGGAUGGGGAAGAAUCGAUCGUGAUCGCCGAGCAAGCUCUCGCCGCCGUCCAUGCCGGUCUUGCAACGUUCAGUCUCGCCCAGGCGCAAGACAUCCUCCAACACAUCGGCGGAGAGCUUCUUCCCGACUACCGCUACGCCAGGAACGACGAAUUUGCGACGCUCGCGAUCAAGUUUCUCGAGUGCACGACGGACCACUGGGUCGUUGUCGGCGAGGCGAACGAGGACUUUGCUGGCAAUGCGCGCGUCCUGUGCUCGUGGAUCAUUACGAGUCUCCGGGACAAGAAGGUUCCGUCUUGGAGGGUCCGCCUGAAGUUCCUCGCCUUUCUCGACCGGUACAUCCAGCUCGACCAGGCGCAGGAACAUUGGGACUUUCGCGGCAGCGCACCCCGCAGCGAGGACGGCCACAUCAUCUCGCCUACCUCGAUCAUUCCCUUCAUGCUCAGCGAUGCCGACUUCCGAGUCCGUUUCCGCGCGACGACCUCGACCGCUGAGCUCUUCAACGUUUGCACGGCUCUUGGCGUCCCGGUCAACGACCUUUUCGACGACAUCCGGGCCAACACGACGCCCGACGUCUCUCAGCUUGAGCAGACUCUUACGCAGCUCCUGAGCAGCGCAAACCUGGUCGUCGCCGCAGGCAGUCGUCGUCGCUCGCCUUACCACCUGAUCCUCGAGUUGGCCGGCGGAGCCUCCGAAACGACCGCGAUCGCAUUGGUGACCCUCGACGGCGUGGCAAAGCGCAUCGGCAUGGCGUCGCCGGCAGAUUUGUACCUCGCCUUCGCCCGCUACAUCGCCUGGAAGGCGGUUCGAGACGCCGGCAACCAACCUAAUGCCGAAAUCGCCCACCGCUUGCCGUACCGCGCGUGCGGGUUCCCGACCCUUCGAGACGCCCGCAAGGCCGACUUUGUCAAGACCGCCAGCUGGUUGAUCCAGUUCGGCGAUCCGCCGGAGGCCUUCCUCACGUUGUGCGAGAUUCUCAAGCGCUCGCCGCAGGAAGGUCGACUCGACUGCUUCGCCGACUCCGCCGCCCUCGCGAUCUGCCGCUUCCACGCCCGCAGGGCUGAGGACGAAAGUCCCGGGUACGCCGAGCUGGAACAGCUGCUCGCUCGCCUUGCUGAAGGAGCUGGGGCGAGCGACGCGCAUCAACAGGGCGAGCUCCUCGCGUCGACCAUCGAUGCGCUCGUCGCAGAGAUCCUCGCCCAGACGUACGAAGAGAGGUGGGCUGCCGACGAGCCCCUCCCGGUAUUCAGCCACGACAAGCAGGCCUCCGAGCUAUUCGCCGAGCUCCUUCGACUGCCCGAGGACCUCGUCUUCCAGGUCGAGACUGCUUCGCCGCACUGGAAGUGCCGCGUGACCGUUCCGGCAAGCCUCUGGGUCGACUCUCACUACAGAGUCUUCUGCACGCCGUCCGCAGUCUUUUCGGUCGUGCAAAACCUGCUCUCACGGGUGCACAGGGCCCCGUUCGUCAGCGAGAAACGACGACACCUCCUCAAUCUCGCUCUCGCUAUCGCGCUCUCCCACUCCUGCGUCCACCGACCCGCCAUUCUCGCCUCGAUCGUCGACGGCCUGGCCAGCCUGCUCGCCUGCACCGAUACGUUCGUACUCGUCGGGCCCAUGCUCCGAUGGGCCCUCAAGUCGUCUCUCGAUGCCACAAGCAAGGGAGAUGGACCGGCGUUCCGCCAGCGGCUCGUCGAGCAGCUCGUCCGCGUCGCGCACGCUGCAUCUUCGCUGCGCGCGAAACUCGUCGACCCUCAACUCGUCGUUAUCACGCAGAGUCUCUCGAAGGCGCUCGAUCAAGGUAUCCGCCAUUUGAGCAAGGUCGGCGGUACCCACCUCGCUGAGGCCGCGCUCCUAUGGCCGCAUGAGGUUUUCUCCUACGCUUCUCUCUCGCCGCCAGCAGUCCUCGACGCCAUUGCCUCCUCCUUCGCUCCAGUCGACAAGUUCGAUACGAUCGCGACCAUCCGGCGCCUGCCCCAGUAUGACGCUCUCGCCAGUGGCGCCGAAGGACCGCGCCUCGCCUGGCACUUGAUGCAGGCGCUCAAGCCUGGCACCGCCCCCAGGUCUUCUGACAGUCUGGCUUUCGCCGAGCUCUUGUUCGACAUCGGCGGCGAAGCCGAACGACCCGCCGUUGACGAUCCAGCCGUCGCACAUGCAGAAGUCGCGGAUGUUGCAGUUCCCGACAACGACCGCGGAAUCAAGAAGCUCGUCGUCGACCGCCUCCUCGCCAUUCUGCACGGCGCGGUGGAUCCUAAACUCGCAGACGCUGCCAUGGCAACCGCCAGACUCGCUCUGAGCGUGCCCGACGUCGUCGGCCUGUGCGCUUCAAGCCAUCCCGUCAACCAGCAGACCGCCAUUGUCGCGCAGAUCAUUUCGAACCCUGCACUCGCUCGCGUCCACCGAACGCGGACCCGCGAGGCGAGGUCGCUAGUCGAGCUCGGCAGCGACGAGUGGCUCAAGCGGGCGCAAGUUCCCGAUAAGUGGGUCACGGCCUUUGCCGAACUGCUCGCCGACGUUCGCGCCGAAGGCGACGAUUUCUACGCCCAGCUCGUCCCCUUGAUCCGCUUCAGCCCGACUUUCUCGACACAGAUCAUCCCGAGCCUCGUCCACUCUCUGCUGCUCCGCAGCGCAAUCUCUGGCGAUGAGGACAUGGAGAAGCGCUUGUCGACGUACGUCGAGCGCCUCCUCAGCUCGACUUCAGCGGGUCGAGCCGUGGUCCGCCUCAUCGUCGACACGGCCGUUUACCUUCGCAAGCAUGCGCACCCGAAUCUCCAAGCAACCUCGCGUUCGCGAUGCGAUACCUGGCUCAAGUUGCCUUGGUUGCUGCUCGCGGAGGGCGCUGUCAAGAUCGGCUCUUGGUACACCGCUCUUCUCUUCCUCGAGCUCGCCCACGAGUACGAUCGCCUUUUCACGCGGAACGCCAAAGGCCAGGUCUUCGACCAGCGACUCGACGAUCGCGCGCAAGUCCUGCUGUACGAGGUUUACGCCGGAAUCGACGAACCCGACGGCUUCUACGGCCGUGAGUCGCUCGACACUCGCGAGGCACUUCUUCGCCGCUACCGCCACGAGGGGCAGUGGGCUGAAGCAUUCAAGAUCUACGGCGCCCGUCGCGAGGCCCAGUCGCACCAUUUUGGCACGAGCGAUCCUGCCGCCACGGCCGGCGUGAUAACCUCGCUCGCCUCUUUCGGCUUCAACCGUCUCGCCCUGUCGCUCUAUCAGCCGGCUCGCCUCGAUGGAUCGAUCGGCGAGACGGACGUCGCCGCCGGUCUGCCGUACGAUCUUGGCUGGCGGACGGACGUGUGGGAUCUGCCUCUCGAGGAUCGCGCUCUCGGAUCGUCCAGCGUCUCGUUGUACACCGCGUUGAGGACCGCCCGGACAGGACGAGAUACCGCGGACGCGCGACAGAGCGCCACCGACGCCCUCGUCAAGGAGGUCGCGAAACUCGGCGCCGUCAGCCUCGACCUGCCGCAACCGAGGUGCUCUACGGUUUCGGCCAUCCUGGCCCUGCGCGAGGUCGUCCGCCUGUCCUCCAUCGGCGACGGCGGUGUCCUGACGGAGGAUCUCGUCGACACUUUGACGUCGGUGCCGAAAAAGCUUGGUUUCGAGCACGCCGAGCGUAUCCUCACGACGCGAAUCAGCUUGUUGCGCGGCAUCCGCGCGAAAGAGCGCGUCGAGCAGGUCGGCGACGAAUUCAGCAGCGCGCUCUACAAGUCUGCGAAUGCAACCGAACAGGCCUGCCUCCUCGAGCUUAGCCGAGUCGGACGCCGCUCGGGUCAACUGCAAGUCGCGCUCAACUCAGUCACGGUCGCGCACACCCUCGCCGAAAAUGGUCGAGCGUCGCAAGUCGACGAAGAGCUUGCGAACGUCCUUUGGGCGCAGGGCGAGCAUCGCGCGGCAAUCUCGCUUCUCACUACGGUACACGAGGGCUUCCCGCAGAAAUCCGCUGCCCUCUACGCGCGAUUGGGCGACUGGACCGCAGACGCUCGCAUUCGCGACCCGAAGGAGAUCCUCGACGAGUACUUCGACCCAGCUAUCCGUGCCCUCGACCGCAAUGCGCCAGGAGAAGAGCGGGCGCAGGUCCACCACGCCGUCGCCGCCUUCGCCGACGCACAAUACGGCGACCUUUCUGUCGUCGCGAUCGAGCGACGCCGUCGGCUCAACGCGUACCAGCAGCGCAAGGAGCUCGAGUUUCUCGAGAUAGAUCGCCAGCUUCAGAGCGGCUCGACGAACAGCGCCCCUUACGCCCAGUCGAAGAAAGAUGCCGAACAUCACAUCGAGGAAGAUCGGCGACAGGUCGAGGACGCCGAGGAGACUGCGCGCACGAUGUUGUGGCGCGCGCUCGACAACUACGCCCAGGCGUUGCAGGCGUCGGACGAGUUCGACGACUCCGUCUUCCGCUUCUGCGCCUUGUGGCUCGCCUGCGCCGACAAUGCCGAGAUCCACACCGCGCUCAAACCACGCCUGGCCGCCAUCUCCUCGCACAAAUUCGUCUUCCUCGCCUAUCAGCUCUCCGCUCGCCUCACGAAGCCUUCCCAGCCGACACCAGCCACGCAGAACAUCCGAAGUCUCGUCCAACGCCUCUGCAACGAACACCCCUUCCACACGCUGUAUCCCGUCAACGCCUUGCGCGAUAGCAACGGCAGCAGGAGCUCUCGGCGAUCUUCCGCAUCUCGCGAGUCGAGCAUCGGUGCAGGUGGAUCAGCGUCGAAGAGUACGAACAGUCGUGCACAGGCAGCGAACGACAUAGUCGAGAAGGCGAAGCGUCUGGACGGCCUCCGGCAUCGCAUCGAGGCGGUGGAGCUAGCCUGCGCCGCGUAUGCAGAGUGGGCGUCGUUCGAUAUCAAGCGCAACUCGGCCUACCAGGACAGUCGCGGCGCCAUCAAGAAGGGGCCACAACCCAUCCCCCGCUCAAUGCAGCUCAAGGCCAAGGUCGUCAACUUGCCAAUUCCUGUUACGACCUUCGACUUGCCCGUCGACCCGACCGGAACUUACAGCGACGAGUCGUUCCCGCACAUAGUCGGCUACGACGACCACUUCGACACCGCCGGCGGCAUCCAUGUUCCGAAGAUUGUCACCUGUGUUGGCAGCGAUGGCAAGCGGUACAAGCAAUUGCUGAAAGGCGACGAUGAUAUCCGCCAGGACGCCGUCAUGGAGCAGGCGUUUCAGCUCGUCAACAGCCUGCUCGCUCGAGACGACGCCGGACGUCGCCGCAAGCUUCGCAUCCGGACCUACAAAGUCGUGCCGCUGCAGAACAGGAACGGGCUGAUCGAGUUCGUCGCCAACACCGAGCCCUUGGGCAACUUUCUCGCCCGCCUCUACGACGAGAUGGCGCCGGGUCUCCCCAAGCAAGCCCGCGAGAAGCUGCGGUCGAUCGAGGCGAAGCACAAGGGACGGCACGACCAGCGUGAUGCUGAGAAGACCGACGCUUUCAAGAAGAUCCUCGACAAGAUGCCGCCUCUCAUGCGCUUCUUGUUCUGGCAGCGGCACAAGGUCCCGUCGCUCUGGUUUGACAUGCGCCUCAACUACUCCCGCAGCGUCGCGACCACCUCCAUUAUCGGCCAUAUCGUCGGCCUGGGAGACCGCCAUGUCUCGAACAUCUUAAUGGACGUCUCGAAGGGCGAGCUUGUUCACAUCGAUCUCGGAAUUGCCUUCGACCAGGGCAAGCGUCUCCCGAUUCCGGAGAAGGUCCCCUUCCGCCUCACGCAGAACAUGAUCGAUGGCUUCGGCAUGAGCGGCGUCGACGGCGUCUUCCGCCGCUGCUGCGAAGAGACCUUGCGCGUCCUCCGCAACCGCUCGAACAUCGUCAUGACGGUCCUCGAGGUCUUCAAGCACGACCCGCUGCAGAGCUGGGCGGUCUCUGCCGACAUGGCCAAGCGGAUUCAAGGUUCCGACGACGGCGACGCCGCAGCUCUCGAUGACUUGCCGGACGACGCCGACCGUGCACUCUCCAUCGUCCGCAACAAGCUGGACACGCGCCUCAGCGUCGAGUACAGGGUCAACGAGCUCAUUCAGGAGGCGACGAACCCGAGCAACCUCGCGACAAUCUUCUCUGGCUGGCAGCCCUAUCUCUGA